UUGAACCACAAUUGAGCCCCUUCGUUCAACACCAAGCUCAAAGAUUUAGAAUAUCCAAACAAAGACAGGGAUAGACACUGCAAGUCGCAGCUGCCUCGACGGUUUUGCUCCAGGCAACCUCGGGCUAAACCACGCCAAACUUUCGACGCGGCAAAAAGAAAAAGGUAUGUUCCUGACAAGCAUUCGCGUUUGCUCUUUCCUGUUUCCCCAACUCCUGACUCCCAUGGGUGAGUGGGCUUGCACUGGUCUCAGGCUGGUGGCCCGCGGAAGUUCAAGUGACCCGCGACCAGAACCCCAAUCCCCAGACGCGGCGGGAGCAAGGCCUUCCGCAGUCAGCGUGAGCCAUCACACCAUUACCCACAGGCCCAGAACACCCGCUGCAGGCGCCUUGCUGCCCAAUGACAGUAGCGCGUUCUGGUCCAGGUGCAUCAGGUAGUGAAUGGGUGCUGAGCAGUGAGAGGCAUGGACCACAGUCGACUCGCCUAUUGUUAUGGGCGGGCAGGCGGUACAGAAGUGUCUAG